AUGGAGCGGUUAACAUCUCCUCCUCGUCUCAUGAUUGUCUCAGAUCUUGAUGAUACAAUGGUUGCACACCAUAAUGAUAAUGAAAAUCACUCUCUGUUGAGGUUCAAUUCAUUGUGGGAAGACGCUUAUCGCCAUGACUCUCUUCUUGUUUUCUCAACGGGAAGAGCAAAAACAAUGUACAAGAAACUGAGGAAAGAGAGACCGUUGUUAACUCCUGAUGUUAUUGUUACCUCCGUAGGAACUGAGAUAUCAUAUGGUAACUCCAUGGUUCCUGAUGAGAAAUGGGUUGAAAUCAUGAACAAUAAAUGGAACCGAGGAAUCGUUGAAGAAGAAACCAGCAAGUUCCCUGAGUUAACUCUUCAGGCAGAAACUGAACAGAUGCCUCACAAGCUUAGCUUUCACGUCGACAAAAGUAAAGUCCAGGAAGUGACCAAGGAGCUAUAUAAGCGGUUGGAGAAGCGCGGGUUGGAGAUCAAAAUAAUCUUCAGUGGAGGAAUAGCUUUAGAUGUUUUACCAAAAGGUGGAGGCAAAGGGCAAGCGCUUGCUUAUCUGCUGAAGAAGCUCGAGACUAAAGGGAAACUUCCUCUUAAUACUCUGGUUUGUGGUGACUCUGGAAACGAUACUGAACUAUUUACUAUUCCUAACGUCUAUGGUGUCAUGGUAAGCAAUGCUCAAGAAGAGUUGUUGGAGUGGUAUGCUGAAAACGGGAAAGACAAUUCAAAUAUAAUACAUGCGAGUGAGAGGUGUGCAAGUGGGAUUAUAGAAGCGAUAGGUCAUUUUAAGCUCGGUCCAAAAUUUUCUCCGAGGGAUGUUUCUGACUUCUUAGAAUGCAAGGCGGAUAAUGUCAACCGGCCGGGUCAUGAGGUUGUGGAGUUUUUCUUGUUCUAUGAGAGAUGGAGAAGAGGUGAAGUUGAAAACUGUGAGGCAUACACAGCGAGUCUCAAAGCUUCAUCUCAUCCUGCUGGUGUCUUUGUUCAUCCAUCUGGUGCUGAAAAAUCUCUCAGAGACACUAUUGAUGAACUUGGGAAGUACUAUGGAGACAAAAAGGACAAGAAGUUUCGGGUUUGGACAGAUCAGGUGAUGGCAACAGAAACUACUCCUGGGACUUGGAUUGUAAAGCUUGAUAAAUGGGAACAAACUGGGAGUGAAAGGAAAUGCUGCACAACAACUGUCAAAUUCACCUCAAAGGAAAAUGAAGGGUUUGUGUGGGAAAAUGUGCAGCAAACAUGGUCGGAAGAAUCAGAUGUGAAAGAUGAGAGUAACUGGAUCAUCUGAAUGAUUAUCAUCUUUUUGGAUUUUCCAUAAAACGUUUUAUCAUUGGUUGGAUUAAACUUACAUUCAAAAGUGCCAUCUUAUGCCUUUUGGAGUCACCUAUGUCACCAUUGCCAUAGAAUUAAAAAAAAAACAUGUAUUAUGUCCUAGUUUUGAGUAUAUAAUUGGAUGUUAUUGAAUUUAACAACUCAUUUUU